AGGGAGGAUGUUGAGGUGAGCGCAGCUUGCAACCAGUUUGUCGGGAGCUCCUCCUCAAUCGUCGGAUAGGGUAUUAACAUCACAUUUGCUCAAUGAGAGCAAGGGAACACAAGAGACGGAACCGAAAUUCGACCUGGUGUGUUACGGUUGCCAUUCUAUUUACCUCUAUAUAAGAGGCUAAUAUGAAGACAUCGUUUGGAAAGCCACACGCUGGAAAGCUUCAGGAAUACUCCCAUGUUGUUUGAAGCCCACGGCAGCACCAUGCGUUGUGUCUGCUAACAAAAACUAGCUCAUCCUCUUUCCAGCCAACCAUUGAGAGUAUAGAAACACACUCAGCACAUCACAGUGAUGGGUUUGGACCAACCCUGCUUGGAUAUGGUGGUGCAAAGGCCCUUUCUGGAUGCAACGUGUAAGAGGCACCGCCACCAGAACCUGCUUAGAAAGCUGAGGCCCAUACGAAUCCUGGGUUUUGUGUUCAGCCUGGUAGCCAUAAGCGCUAUAAGCGCUAUCUCCUUUUCCUUCAGCGCCUUGACAUGGAGCUCAGGGAGCCACCCGGAGCUGCUCCUGCCUCAAGAGGCCCUCCUUCAGUCUGGUCCUGCUCCCCACAGGACUCUACUUUCCACUCAGCACCAGAGGGAUCCCAAUGUCUCAGCCAACAUGCCCGUGGCCAUGAGGUCUUCGGCAGACGGCAACGAGAGCCAGGGGGACUAUCCCACGGACCUGUUCACUCUGGAAGAGAGGCGCCAGGGUGCUGUGGUGCUCCACAUGUUUGGGAUGCUGUACAUGUUCAUCUCUUUAGCCAUUGUGUGUGAUGAAUUCUUCGUGCCCGCUCUGACAGUCAUCACAGAGAAGCUGGCCAUCUCUGAUGACGUGGCGGGGGCCACCUUCAUGGCGGCAGGCGGGUCGGCGCCCGAGCUUUUCACUUCUGUCAUCGGCGUAUUCAUCUCCCACAGCAAUGUGGGCAUCGGAACCAUUGUGGGCUCAGCUGUCUUCAACAUUCUCUUCGUCAUUGGAAUGUGUGCCAUCUUCUCCAGGGAGAUCCUCAACCUCACCUGGUGGCCCCUCUUCCGUGACGUCUCUUUCUACAUCAUGGACCUGAUCAUGCUCAUAUGUUUCUUCCUGGAUAACUACAUCUCCUACUGGGAAAGUAUUACUCUGCUCUCAGCCUAUGCCACCUAUGUGAUCUUUAUGAAGUUCAACAGCAAUGUUGAGGGCUUUGUGAAAGGCUGCAUGAACAAGAAUCAAGUGGUGGAGGUGGAGGUUCAGCCGAAGGCUGUGAGUCCCGGGGCACCAGAGGAUGAGAGCAAGCUGUCGGCUAGGCCACGACUCCAGAGAGGUGGCAGCUCAGCCUCCCUGCACAACAGCCUGAUGAGAAACAGCAUUUUUCAGCUUAUGAUCCACACACUGGACCCGCUCAGUGAAGAAUUUGCUGAUUCUGAACUUGGGACUUAUGGAAAACUAAAAUAUUAUCACACAAUGACCGAGGAAGGGAAAUUCAGAGAGAAGGCAUCCAUCCUUCACAAGAUUGCCAAAAAGAAAUGCCAAGUAGAGGACAGCGAGAAAGCCAACGGAGUAGCSAGCCGGUCAGAUAAGAAUCUUCCAAACAGCUCGAAUGUCGAGGUGGAAGUCACACCACCAAUGAAUGGCACUGCUGGACAAGAAGGUGAAGCUGCGGCUGAGGAUGAGGAGGAUGAGGACCAGCCUCUGAGCCUGUCCUGGCCAGACACCAUGCGCAAGCGUUUCACCUACCUCUUAAUCAUGCCCAUCAUCUUCCCUCUGUGGCUAACACUGCCCGAUGUCAGGAAACCAACUGCAAAGAAGUUCUUUCCCAUCUCAUUUCUGGGUUCUAUCUGUUGGAUUGCUGGAUUCUCCUACUUAAUGGUGUGGUGGGCUCACCAGGUUGGAGAGACCAUUGGGAUUACAGAAGAGAUCAUGGGCUUGACUAUAUUAGCAGCUGGUACCUCCAUUCCUGACCUAAUCACCAGUGUCAUUGUUGCAAGGAAGGGGCUGGGGGACAUGGCUGUGUCCAGCUCUGUGGGCUCCAACAUCUUUGACAUCACUGUUGGGUACGCUGAUGUCAUCAGUACUAUGACCACUCUUCUAUUGAAUUACUCAUUUAUUUUAAUAUCUGUUAGUUUCACAUUUUGAAAGAUAAGAUUAACCUCACAGUGCUGGGGGAAGGUUUUACAUAUUACAUAGUAACAGUCAUAUUACUUUGUUCUUAUCCAAUAGUGAAAUUGGGAUUCACUAAAACCACAAUAAUUACACUUGGAUACCAUUUUCAUAACAAUUAUUUCCAUCUAUAUGAUAAAUGCUUGCCAGACAUAAUAUGAUGUAAAAGUUCACUGAAUUUUGUUUUAUUCUCUAAUUCGUUUGAUUGAAUAAGGUUUGCCCAUGGGUGACAUGGAAGUUCCCACUGGAAGUUCCCACAAAAAAAACACAUCUAGUUGUUUCAUCUAGUUAUUUUUAAGUAAUUGGUUUACUCAACUUUUCGGUCAAAGUGUUACCUGAACUUAAAAUGUUUAGUUGGACCAAACCUAGCUCCAACAUGAGAAAAGGUAGGCAAAAAUUCUGUCAUCAUCUUAAAAUGAUGUGUUUGCUCAAUUUGUCUUCUAUGUUCAUUCAACUAGAAUUUUUUUACAUUUUUAUAUCUUACCAAGAAAUGCCUGUGGAACUAGUUACACACACAGUGCUGUUAACAUACAAUGUUUUCAACUAAUAUAUUUGAUGCACAUGCUUACAUUGUGCAUGUUAAUUUAUCUAGUAAUUGUUAUUUAACAUGUCUUCAAUUGGGAUUUGAACUCCUCUAGGUUCAUAGCUUUCCGAUCUUCCUGCUACGCCAUCCUGUCUGUGUCAAUUAUCAGUUAAUCAGACUAUUUAUCAUCAUUGAUUUACUUAAUUAAGCUAUUUUAGGUUUUUCUGUACAUUCUCUAAUGUUGGUGGGGCAUACUACUCUGUUUUAAUGCUGCUCCUUAAUCACUGUGAUAAAUAAAAUAUGUUUUCUUGAGUGUA